AUGUCGCGCCUAGCUGCAGCUCCUUUGACCGUUGUUGAUUUGGCAAGAGACAGGCAGACAGUCAUCUCUUCUGGCUGCACUCGCUAUCUAACAUUACUAGUACGUGUCUUCUUGCAUGCCAAACCUGGAAGCCAAGUGGGGGACGGGGAGGCAGCAGGGAAGGAGAGCGUGAAGCAUCAAAAGACCCAAAGAGUCCUCGAUGGGAGAUUGAACGCUGCCAACGACGUUGCGAGAGAGAGGAACGUGGAAGAGGAGAGCUUCAACAAUGAAAGCAUCGCUGCGAAGAGGAAGCGAUCAAGGAGAGAGAGCGAGAGCAAGAAAGAGGGCAACGAGAAGGUGAGGGACAACGAGGAAGAGAAGAGGAUCCUCGGGAAGAAUUCGAUAAGUUCCGUGAACUCUGCCAAAAACAAGAACCGCGCCAGCAACCCCAAUGUGAAAGGAGGUGCGAGCGGCAAUAUGAGGAAAGACAGAGAACAAGAAGAGAAAGAGCACGGAAGAGGCAGAGGAAGCUCAAAUGAAGGAAGCAGACAACAUGAGGAGCAACAGAGGAGCCAAAAUGGUCAUUUCAGAGUUCUUGAGAGGUUCUCUAAGAAGUCUGAGCUUCUCUGCGGCCUUGAGAAUUAUCGCUUUGAAAUCGUUGAGGCAAAUCCAAACACCUUUGUUAUCCCACACCAUUGUGAUUCAGAUGCUGUUUUGUUCGUCCUAAGGGGUGAGAAAGGGAUUAUGACCUUUGUGUCGCAAUGGAAGGGAGAAUCUUAUAGCCUGGAGCGUGGUGAUGUGAUGAAGGUUCGGGCAGGGGUUGUUAGAUACUUGAUUAACCCAGACGAUAAUGAAAAGUUCAGUGCGGCUAUGCUCGUUAAUCCUGUCAACACUCCUGGCAAAUUCAGGGAAUACUUUGCUGCAGGAGGUGAAAACCCUGAGUCAGUAUAUAUACAGUCUUCAGCAAUGAUAUUCUCGAGGUUGCUCUUGCUCCCAAGAGAUCAGCUGGACAGGCUUUUUGGUCAGCAAAAACAGGGCAUGAUCCUAAAAGCCCCCAAAGAAAAGCUCAAGGCAUUGAGUCAGCACGCUUCUUCCUCUAAGCAUAAACGCAGCCAUGAAGGGAAAGGACCUAUCAAUCUACUCAAUCAACGGCGGCCUUUAUACUCCAAUAAAUUUGGAAAGUUCUUCGAGGUUACACCUAAUGAUUACAAGCAGCUGCAGGUACAACCAAUAUGUCGUCUGUUAAGGCCGGAGAUUGCCGGGGUGGAUAUCUAUCCACGAUCGGAGGUGGUUGUCCAGACAAACAACAGUGCUUGGAAAUAUGCAGGCCAUGUUACCGAGGUUAUGGAAUUGUCGAAGCCUACUGCGUUGGUCCAGGCGGUCCGUUCCCAUACUGGGAAUGUCGCUGUGCAUUCCACAAAGGUGCACCCUGCCCACCACCAGGUCCUCCGCAAUGUCCUGGAAGGUGGCCGCCUCCCCUGA